AUGCUUGGUUCCGCUUUGAUGAGCCGCAGCCGUUAUGAAGUUCAACUUGUCGUGACUUCACACGCUGACGCUCCCCUCCUCAACCCGCAUAUUGAAUCCUACGAUCUUUGCGAGGGUCCUAUGGAUCCGAUACCCAAUUACUAUGCCGCGCUAGGAAUAAGUGUUGCAGCUACUGCUGAUGACGGUAGGGUGUCCUCGGUCCUGACCUCGUGUUUGUUGAUCGGUUGGAGUGUAGUCAGAAAGGCAUACAGACAGAAAGUGCUUGAGACACAUCCAGACAAACUUGGUCCUGAUGCGAGUGAACAGGAGAAACAGGAGGCUGAGGAUCAAUUCAGAAGGGUACGAGAAGCCUUUGAGGUGUUAGGCAAUGUCGACCAACGCAGGGCGUAUGACAUCCACACACGCAACCUCCCGCAUCCAACACCUGCAACAUCUCCCGCCCCGUCUGGUGCCUCGAGAGCCUCUUCCUUCAACUGGGACACGAAGUCCACCCACUCUACGCACUCGGACUCCUCUUCACAAUCCACCUAUGCCGCUCCAUCUUCAAUGCCAAGCAUCGAAACCAUUCGCCGCUCAGCUGAACGAGAAGCAUGGGCACAAUUAGGUCAUAUCCGCAGUCAGCAACGUCUUAGAGCCCUCAAAGAGGGCCAGGGGAGAAAACAGCUACAGGAGGACACCAAGAGUGAGAAAGCACUCGAAGUAAGGCGUGACGAGGAGAAGGAAGAGAAGAAGUUGCAGGUCGAGAAAGUGCAGGAGGUGAAGCAGGAAACGAAGGUGAAGAAAGAAGAAGAAUACAAAGUCCUGGUGGAGACGAUGGUGCAGGAGAUAUAUAAGUUGAGUCCUGAGUGGGAGGCGAGAAAAUUGAGGCUGGAGCAGAUGAAAGCCUCUCGACCAAGCGUCUCGAGAAACGCUUCAUCCAAGAGCAUUUGGACGCUGGCAUCAUAG